AUGGACUUGAUAUCAACAGAUGUGACAAAACUACUUGAUAAAAUGUCAACGGAUGAUACAUUGGUACUGGAAGAUAAAGAAAUAGAGCAUCAUUUCCCAAUUAAUAAUGAUGAGGAGCUCAAUAGUUUCGAACUAUUUCUAUCUGAAGAUAAAAAUCACAACAAAUUUAUCCAGUAUGUCUCCAGACUCGGUGGUUCAACUUUACCUGAGGCUGUGAGAAGAGCAAUGGAAAGAGUCAUUAGUGAUGAUUUAAUCCAAAAUUACAGUUGGCUAGGUCAGAAAGGGAAACAAAAUUUUGGAGUUCUGAUAAUGGCUCAAGGAAUGAAAGAUGGCAUCAAAAGGAAUAAGAUACUGCAGAAAUCAGUAACAGAAGCCAGUAUCGAAUGCUGCAUGAGAAAUUGGAUGCGUCAUGCUAAAGAUCGAAUCAAUAAAAGAUCAAAGAAAGCUGCUGUAAUCAGGUGA